AUGGCUUUCGAUUUAUACGAUCAAAAAGUACGCUGUAAAAUAGUUCACUUUGUAUGUUAUCCAGAUAUCAUGUACAAAUCUGGAAUACUGGACGUUGCGUUUCGAACAUUGAUGCAGCCGCUUCAUAAUGGCCUAGCCGACGCCUAUAAGGCAUUCUGCGCUGAUGACAAGCUUCAUUUCAAGAUAGUGUACAACACUCAAGUUAUACCGAAACCCGAGGUUCUUUUAGUCCUCGAUUCUUCGUUCAAUCCUCCCCAUUGGGGUCAUCAUGCCCUGAUUGAAAAAGGUUUGCGACUCUACGAUGGAAGGUCUACCCAGGUCCUUCUGCUGUUAGCUGUUAAUAACGCUGACAAGGCAGCAGCUCCUGCUUCGUUCGAUAAGCGUAUGGAAAUGAUGUGUCUAAUGGCAGACCUGCUGCAUAAAAAUGGCUCUGCAGUUUCUGUAGGGAUUACAGAUUAUGCUAAAUAUGUCGACAAGGAUAUUAUUCUAAGGAAGCAUUAUAAAGACGCCCGGACAAUAUCCUUCCUAGUGGGAUUCGAUACGAUUGUGAGAAUAUUCGCUCCCAAGUAUUACUAUCCAAGACUUCCCUCUGAGGCUUUGGAAAGCUUCAUGGCUUCUACCGAGCUGUGUUGCCUAACGCGGGAGGGCAAUCACAACCUUGAGGAGCAGAUGAAGUACUCUUCAGAUAUCUCAAAUGGCGUGUAUGAACCUAAUAUACCAAAGUCCUGGGGCGCGAAAAUCCAUAUGAUGGAAAAUGACAAGAUAUUUGAAUCUAUUUCCUCUUCGGCUAUACGUAAAGCGAUUGCGGAAGGCCAAACCUCGGAGAAGUUGAGCAAACUACUGCCCUUGCCAAUUGUGGAUUACAUACUUUCAUCGAAGGACCAAAUGUUUUAG